GGCAAUUUGAGGAACAUAAUUUAAAUUUCAAAAAUGUGUACCUGAGAUAGAGAAAAACCGAGAGGAAGUGAUACGAAGAAGACGAGAGGAGAAUUAGGUACCGGAUUCCAGAUUUUAGGAAUUGUCGAUAGCUGGUGGGGCAGGUAUUCGAGGCGGCCCGGGCAUGGACUCCCAACAGCAGCAGUACUGCCUGAAAUGGAACAGCUUCGGCUCCAACCUGGCGACGUCCUUCGCGAACCUCUGGAACUCUGAGAGCCUAGCAGACGUAACGCUGUACUGCGAAGGUCGCCAGUUCAAAGCUCACAAGGUGAUCUUGGCAGCGUGUAGUAAACACUUCCAAGAGUUAUUCGACACCGCGCCGCCGAGCCAUGCAGGCGCCUGCUACGUCAUCCUCGAAGCCACCACCGCGGACAACAUGCAGGCGCUACUGGAGUUCAUGUACAAGGGAGAGGUCCACGUCAGUCAGGACGCGCUGUCCAGUUUCCUCAAAAGUGGGGAGAAUCUGCAGGUCAAAGGGCUGUCGAUGGAGAUGUCCCCUGACGCGUGGGUGAAGCAACAAACCACACCGUCUUCGGGAGACCGUCAGACGCGCAUCAAGACUAGUCCGGUAUCAGGGUCUGGGAAUUGUGAAGUUCAGGAAUCAGCACCUCCCCAGUCACACACGGCGACGUUCGCACCGAUCAUGUCACAAUACGGAAUGCCAAUCCACACGAGUGGCGGGAACAUUGGACGAUACGCGCCGCCGGCGCAUCUGCCGAUAAACUCAUCACACCGGCGCCCCGCCCCGCCCAAGCCAUCUCCCUCGCAGAGCCCCCACGCUAGGAAUUACAGACAAAGCUCGUCGUCGUCCCACUGCGGCAGCGUGGCGGACGAGCCGGACACGCGGUCGUCGCCGGGCGCCGGGCCUCGCUACGAGGACAACCCGCCCGACUGCACGUCCACCCUCGGCAACCCCGUCAAGAACAACGGCUACGAACGCAGCGCUUCAGCUAACGAUGAGAUGGUUGAGCGCUUGUCCAGUGAACAAGGAGCAGAAGAUCUCCGGAUAAAGAUCGAGAACGACUACCAGGCGCACAGCUACAGCAACUCGCCGCCGCCGCCCGCGCCCACCAGCAACUACCACGACAAGCCCGUCACCACCUCCCCGCACCCGCCCAAGCCCAGCCCCGACCUGUGGCCCGCCAAGAUCAUCACCAGCAAGUCUGGCGGCAUAGCCACGCCCGAUGGUAAAAAGCUAAAGUGUCCGUACUGCGAGCGACUGUACGGCUACGAGACGAACCUGCGCGCGCACAUCCGACAGCGCCACCAGGGCAUCCGCGUGCCGUGCCCGCACUGCUCGCGCACGUUCACGCGCAACAACACCGUGCGCCGCCACAUCGCGCGCGAGCACCGCCAUCAUCUCGCGCCGCAUCAGGGCCCGCUCUCCAACCACACGCAGUAAGCUGGAUCUCUCCCUCUCUCUCGCACACGUGACGACACACGACGAUGGCCUGGCUAGCGCAGCGGGGUGAUCUCGACUGAUCGAAAGAAUCCCAUUCAAAUUUCACUACUAACAUACAUUUAUUUUAAAUGGAAUUUUUUUUUUAACCGGUUUAAAUUACUCGUAGUUACCGCGCAACUAUGAUUGCCCCGCUGUACCUUUAAAUUUGCACUAGACUUGUGUCAGUCAGGGUUUUUGUGUAACCGAUGGAGGACAUAGUUCCUUAGUUUAAACCACUCAUAGAUCUCUCUGUAUUCGAGUGAAAGUGUAUGAAAGAUAAUUAUGUGUAAAAAUCAAGGUCGAACUAAGGAACUUUGUGUUCUUCAAAGCGAAAACCUAUCCUUAAUCUUAUUGCCUUAUUUUUGCUCACAGAAUUUCCUAAUAAUUCUAUAAUAUGUCAGUCGAAAUUACCAAUUUUGUCUUACAUUUUGCUGUAUUUCGAAAUUACUUUUGUUUUAAUUUAGAAUUACUUCUUACAUUUCGAUAACAAGUCUUGUGUAAAAUUUACUACAUAAUCUAGCAAUUUGUCUAGUCUGUGUAUAAUUAAUAUGUCUGUGUCUCAACCGUACUACCUCUGCUCUUUUCGGUCGGCACUGGCGGUUGUUAUUCCAGUUUCAAAAGGAGAUUUUAUUUAUUUCUGGCCAAAUUCGACGGAAAUAAAAUAUAAUAUUUUGUUCUUAGAAUAAAUAAAGUUUUUAAAAGAAAAAGUAACAAUCGGGUAUAUAAUCAUAAGUACCUAUCUACAUCAAGAAAUAUGUUUUAAAAAAAAUGCGUUAUAAUUUCAGUUUUCAGCCAUUAUUCAUCUAAAUUAAAAAUAAAUUUGAUGCGACUAUUUUGAAAUUAUUUUUUAAUUUUGUUUGCGCCGAAUCAAGUUUUUGGAAUGUACCUCUAACCUGCCAGUAUUUCGGUUGAUUUCGGCCGCCAUUGCCGAACCCUUGUAACAUGCGUACAAUAAAUUACCUCGUUGAUAUAUUAUUGUAAUCAGUAAUCUACCUCAGAAAUUGAUCUUAAGAUUUUUUUAAGGUUUUCAAAUUGUGCGAUAAUUGUUACUUAAUUUAAAUAUUCAAGUGUGACUUCGAAUGGUUGCUCAUUACUCGUUCUGUCUGGUACCUUGUUUGAAAAAUAUUGUACCUGUUGCACCCUCGUCGUAUCUUUUUUUUUUUGCUAACUUUAGUAAUUAUAUGUCCAGUUGACUGUGAGAUAAAGUUACCUUAUAUACGUUUGAGCUCUCGGUCGGGUUGAAAAAGCUUAUUUAUACUUACCAGAGCUAGGGAAUUUUAGAGAUGAUGUUGAGACUGACGGUCAUAGGCUAAGAGUAUGUAAAUAAUAGGAGAAUGUUGUAUAUCGCCUUGGCCUAGGUUGAGACUCUGAAUUGCAUUGUGGCAAACUACCUCAUACUAUUUUUUUUUAAUUAUUAUUAUAUUACAUAUUUUCUACUACAAUAGACUAUAUACCAGUUUAAGUUGCAUAAUCAAACACAUCUGUGAUAGGUCCGGCUACAUUAGUAUUGCCACAGUUGCCGGUAAGGGCUAGCGCACGGUGGUCUAGUUACGAGCUGUACAAAAAACGGUUUUAAUUUUGUACAAAGUACAAUUUGCCCUAGAUACAUAAGUAGUUAGGUAAACAAAAGUGUUAUUAAAUAAAAUUGCAUGUGUGAUUCGAUGCAUGAAUGGGUUAUCAAUCCUGUCGUUCGUUAGGGCUCGCCUCAGCGGGUGUUACUAUUGAGACCAAAUAAUUAUAUGUUUCAGUGGGAUGGUAUCGAUUUUAACAUUCCGUUAUAACAUGUCGACGUUAGAUGAAGGCCACUUACCUACUUCUAUAUUCCUAGUCAUUUCAAGUGCAACCAGUUGAGAUUUUUUUAAUGAAAAUAAUUAUUUAAAUGAUUAUUUUGGUCUUCGGUGGCCAUGUAUUAUAUUUUGUUGAGGAGCCGCCGAGGGUCGUACUUGUCUACUACUGCAAUAGCUUACAUUAUAGAUGGGACAGUGCCAAAUACACAUUAUAAGUUCACAUCUACUUAUUUUUUUUAUUUUUGUUUUUGUUAAGUGUGAAUGUAGCGACUGAGUGUUAAUUCCUGAUAUUUAGGAAUGAGUUGCAUUCAUAUUUAUUAUAUUUAUGUUUUAGGGUAUUACAUUUAAUGCUUUAUGAAGGCUCAGCGACUUUUUAUACAGAUUUUAAUUUUGUCGUACCAUUUCGCAAGGCAACGUUUUAGUUAUCUUUUGAAUGGUGGCCGACUUACUCGUUUUAUGAUAUAGAUAGAAACAUAAUAUAUCGGUCCUUUCACACAUACGUAACAUCGGCGUCCCUCUAGCACUCAUAACGGUAGAUGCUACACGAAUAGAAGCUAUAACAAUUAUACCUCAAUAUAUCAGAAUCAGUUUUACCAACUGGCUGUUUUUAUUUUUGUUUUUUUUUUUUUUCGUGUAAAUGUAAUUGAUUUCCGAACGAGACGAAAGACGGUUUGGGAGUGGCGUUAAUAAAGAGUUCACAGGCUUUGUUGCCCUAUCAGAUAAUUAAAAAAGUAUGUAUGUGUUGCACGACUGCUUUCGGUGUGGAGGGGAAGGCUUGUACUAUCGUCUUUAACCAGUAGAAUCAGGUGACUUGUGUCCGACUCGUGGAGAAAUUAUGGUAACAUGUACGCGGAUAAUGCAUUUUUUCGUAGAAUUAUUUUGUCUGUGACUCUUCGCGGAUUGUAUAGGGCGGAUAACAUCUGUAAAUAUAGGGUGUUCCAACUAAGUACGUACUUGCACUAAGUCUUAUAGUUUCAAGAUGAAGGUUUUUAUAGUAUGAAAAUAUCGUACGCAACUAUCGUAGUUUUGUUUGAAAACAUUUAAAUUAGCAGUGCCUUUUUAGUUGGAAUCUGAUUGAGUUGGGUUUUGUAAUAAUUUGAGCCAAGUUUCAACUUCACCAGGCAUGUCAAAAAAAAUCUCUUGUCUUUUGUGACGAUUGAAAAUUAUCAUCAUAAACUAAUCAUGUUAACUUUGAUAAGCAAUACUUUUGUAUUGCUUAUUAAAAUCUAUAAUUUCUAGAGGUCUAAAUGCCGGCUCCACGCUGUCGGCAAACAUUGGCGGUUUGGACGUACAUUGCCAGGUUGCAUUGCUGUAAAAACAGCUCAUAUACAAACUUCGCAAUGUACGUACAUCCGUAUUGGCAUUUAAGUUCGCCGACAGUAUGGAGCCGCAAUACGCAUUUUGACAUCUUCUCAGCCAAUCACAAAGAACAUAUAACAUCGGUUUCAUUGUGAUUGGCUGAAAUAUUAUAUGUCAAAUUUGACAUGUGCGUUCCUAAUUGCAACGGGGACUUGUAAUAUUUUUUAUGAUGAGUAUUUUUCACGACUUGCCUGGUUCUAUUGCACCAUGAUUUUAAUGUUAAUCGAGUCGAUAGUUAUUGUAAAAGUUAUGACGUUUCAUGUAAUUGGCAUUCUUUUGGUAAGUGACAUAGAUAAGACGAAAUUGUUUUGCUAUUUCAAUUUGUUAACAAUACGUUUUUAUGAUUAUUGAAAAAAGAAGUAAGGAAAAAAUUAUUGUUCUAUUUUUGUCUUUUCGUUUUUUUUUUUUCAUAUGAAUUUUAAAUUCAUACUUGUGAUUUCUUUUGACAUUUAAUGUUUUUUGUGAUAUGUAAAAAAAAAGAUUGUGUUAGCGCAUCACAUGUUUAAGCUUGUUUAAUUUUUGGGUUAAGUGUAUGAAGGGCUGAGCGAUUGGAGUCUACGACUCGAAUGUCGCUGAAAUCAAUGGAUUUUCUUCUUUCUAAAUUUUAAUAAGGUACAAAUUUUAGAUUACAAUAUCACUCGUCAAUUUACAUAUUUGUGUAGUUGAUUUUAUUUAUAAAUAAUUAAAUUGUAUUAUCUGGUGAUUAUUGUACAAAAAACAAUGCAGUACAGAUGUAUACUUGAUAUAACACGUCUAAAUUAAGUUGAUGCAUUGUUAAACCUAAUUUAGUGGACGUGUAAUUAGUCCCUAAAUAGUUGUAAUAUAAUAAAUGUGACAAGUGAAUCACAUUAGUCGGUGUAUUGCAAUCCCUCUAGACUUGGGCCGACCCCCUCGAUUGUGGCAGUCGAAUCUGUAUCGAAGGCGACGGCUGAAAGACGCGUUUAUGUUUUACCAAAUGUUUGGCAAUCCAAAAGUUUGGUAAAUCGGCGAUGUUUGAAGUUGGAUCCAACAUUGUUUGUUACCAAUAUACUUCCAGCUUUUUAUAUUUUCUUAUGUAAAAAACCUUUUAGCUGAGAAGAUUUUUUUUGUUGCAUCGUAAUUUAAAUUUACUUUCUGUAUUUUGGGUACCGUUUGGAUGUUAUCAUUGAUAAGGUUUUGUGUAAGUUACGUUUUUUUUCUUCUUUUAUUUGUAAAUAAAUCGCGAUGUGUCGUGAUGGUAAAGCCAAAGAUUGUUACGGGUAUGGUGACCCUCUGCCGUCACACGGGCUCUGUUAUGAUUCCACAUUCAACUGCUUUUUGGCUUCAAAAUUAUUAUUGAUAAAAUACAUUCGCUGGUCGAUCUUUUGGUUUUUCAAAAUUUAAAAGAUUUGAAUGUCGACUCAUGCAGGGCCCUUUAGUAUAUUAAGUUUAUCUACCUCGAGGAAUAUAACUUAGUAAUAAGUAAGCUUAUAGAUUUUUUAUAUGAAGAAACAAUAUAAAAUUUAGCACGUAAGCGAAAUGCGAAAAAUAAAAAAUAAAAAAUUUAAAGUACAAAUAUGCUACCUCAGGAUUCAAUUUAGUCACUGCGACUCCUAUAUUUUAUAUUUCAGAUUUUGAUGCUGUUUAUUCUAUUUUAUAGAUUAUUUUUAAUGCCGGUGGAAAAUAUUUUUAAUGUAAAUAAUUCUGAGUUUAAAAUCUAUGAAGCACAUUCAUUGAAUCUCUGGAUGGUAGUAGGGGCUUCAGACGAGGCCUUUCCCAGGCCUGGUUUGGGGUUCUAUUAAAUUUAGUGUAAGUGUUAAUUAGGGUAGUUAUAACAAUCUCACCGACGUCCGCGAGGCUCGGCCCAAGUCUCCACGUAAUCUAAUUGUACCUCGGUUCACUCUUCGGAGUAUAAAAAAAUAUUCAUAAUUUUAUUAUUACUUUUUCCCAGUUACUUUUUGUGUUGCAUAGAUGUUACUAUGUUUUAAGGAGAAAAAUGAAAAUUAUUGUUUGUUAGGUUUCUGCGAAUUAAAAAAAAUGUAACAAAAUUACCUUUAUUUUUUUUUGUUUGUUUUUUCCUUCCUCCCCCUUUUUAUUACUAUGCUUUUGUUUUUUCUUUGACAAGUUAUACCCGUCCAUCGUGAUUAAUGUUUAUUAUUAAAUAUUUAAGUACAUUAUUUAAGGAAUUGACAUUUAAGUACCUAAUAUUCAUAAAAUAGUUGCACUUUACUGAACAGGAAAUAUUUAAGUAUAAUAAUUUGAUGUUUUUAUAUUUUAAGGACGCACUUGUGAGUCGAGGAAGCUCGUCGAUUCGUGUACGAAUUUUAUAAUUAAAAAAAAAAUGUUCUCUUGCAUUUAAUGUUAUGUAAGUAUAAAUUAAAGUUGUAACUUAAUUAUGCUCACUUCCUGAUCACUAGAUUAAUUCACAUACACCCGGAAUGAGAAUAUUGAUAUAGCGUUUGGAUGAAGAGUAGCCAACGAAUGGAAGUAUGGCUUUUAUAUUGAAGACUUAGUUCUGCGGUUUUAAUAUUGCAUGUGAAGACGGAGGCGUGUGGUUGUCUCUUUCGUGCAUACGAGUAGAGUACUGUCUGUACUGCACAACGUGCCGUGGUCAAGGUCAAUCAAGUCAAAUCAAUGAAGAUUUUGACUAGACUUGACUAUAUUAAAACGUUGGGGCUGUCUAAAAAAUUGAUCGCAAAAUUAGAUCUUGUUACGAGGAGAACGAUGGGGCGCGAUUAACCUAAUAUGGUCAUUUCAUGACUGUAAAUAAAUACAUGAAUAAUGUUUAAUCUUAUGUCUUAUUAAGUUCAAGUGGGAUAAGUCUCGGUGUCACUUAAACUAUGUUCUUGGUGUCAUCUUUGUGUAAAUGUUACACGAAAUUAAGAAAAAAAUUAUUCAAAAAAAAAAUUAAAAAUAAAGAACGAGCACUCUCAACAAGAACUAAAGUACAAAUUUCUGAAGUCUUAACUGCCAG